GAAAAAGCUUUUCUAAUGAUCUCCUUUGUCUGCUCAAAUGGUUCAGGAGGACAGAUUGUUGUAAAGAAUCAAGGUCUGCCGUGUCUAGGAAGUCCUGAGGAAGGUCCCAACCCUGUUUUCUGGUAUUCAUCACAGCAGAAGGCUGACAGAGACCACCAGGGACAGUCCACAAUGAGGAGAAGGCAAACAUCAGAUUCGCCUCAUUCAUCCGCAGAUCCGAGUGAAGGAAGGGAGAAAUUAAGGCUGAAAAAAGAGGUUGGCCUGAUUAGCGGAGUGUCAUUAAUUGCAGGCACCAUGAUAGGCUCGGGAAUCUUUAUGUCCCCUGAGUGGGUGCUGCAUCACAUGGGGAGCCCCGCCAGCAGCCUGCUCAUGUGGGCAGCGUGUGGUCUGCUGGCCAUGUUCGGAGCCCUGUCUUACGCUGAGCUUGGAACCGUGAUCAAAGAGUCUGGAGGCGAAUAUAUUUACAUCUUGAGGAUUUUUGGUUCCUUUCCUGCUUUUCUUUUCGCCUACACUUCUGUCAUCCUGAUAAGACCAGCUGGGUUGGCAGCUGUCUGUCUGAGCUUUGCCGAAUACGCCGUCGCGCCGUUCUACCAAGGAUGCUCAUCCCCGCAGGUUGUCAUCAAAUGUACAGCUGCUGCCUGCAUCCUGGUCCUAACCAUCAUCAACUGCCUCAACGUGAGGCUGGCGAUGUCUAUUAUGAAUGUUUUUACAGCUGCCAAACUCUUGGCUUUGCUGGUGAUUGUGGUGGGCGGAUUGGUGCUGCUUGCCAACGGGCAGACUCAGAGCUUUCAGAACGCUUUUCAAGGCACAAAUGCAGGUAUUGGGACGAUCGGAGUGGCAUUUUAUCAGGGGCUCUGGUCCUACGAUGGCUGGAACAACCUGAACUACGUCACUGAGGAACUGAAGAACCCUGAGGUGACCCUUCCCAGAGCUGUGAUGUUUGCUAUUCCUUUGGUUACAUGCCUGUAUUUGCUGGUAAACAUCAGCUACUUUGCGGCCAUGGCUCCAUCUGAGCUGCUGACUUCAGGAGCUGUGGCUGUCACUUGGGGGAACAAAGUCCUGGGUAACUGGGCAUGGAUCAUCUCCCUGUCAGUGGCACUGUCUACGUUUGGCUCAUCCAAUGGCACGUUCUUUAGUGGAGGCCGCGUGUGCUACAUCGCUGCAAGGGAAGGUCAUAUGCCUGACAUCUUGUCCAUGGCCCACGUGCGAUGCCUCACGCCUUCUCCUGCGCUGCUGUUCACCUCUGCAAUGUCUUUAAUAAUGAUAAUCUCAGGAAACUUCACCAGCAUUGUGACCUAUUUCAGUUUUAUAGCAUGGUUUUUCUAUGGCAUGACUAUUUCUGGUCUCCUGUAUUUAAAAAUCAAGAAACAAGACCUGCCAAGAUCUUACAAGGUCCCCAUUGUCAUCCCCAUAGUUGUGCUGAUGGCAGCCGUGUACCUGGUGUUAGCUCCAAUCAUCGACCAACCCCAGAUUGAGAUUCUCUACGUAGCCCUGUUCGUUUUUAGCGGUGUUGUCCUUUACUUCCCCCUGGUUCGCUUCAAGUGCCAGCCCCGCUUCUUACAGAGGGUCACUUUGCAUCUCCAGCUGUUCCUGGAAGUUGCUCCGACCUCUAGAGAUGUGAACUGAGUUAACAUCCUCCUGGUCCUUCCUCACUUAUUGCAACACUUUGGUUUUUCAAGGUUCAGAAAAUAGUAUUCUGGAAGGGAGAAUGAAUAGAAUUAAAGUAUGACCGAAAGGUUUCAGCUGGGAGGGACUGGAGCCAGGACUUCUCACAAUUCCUUAGAAUUUGGGGCAUUUGUUUUUCUCAUUUUCAGCUUUCACUCAGCAGAUUUCCCAAAGAAAUGUGUGUUUUUCAGCUGUCCAUCCUGAGCAGAUCUAAAUUUUAGCUCUCGUAUUUCAAGCCGUAAGGCAAUAGAAGACUGACAGUGAAGUAUUAAUCCCACAGCAGGCUGUGACCUUAAGCCAUCCUUGGCAGUGCCCUUCACUAUUUCCACCUAGCUCUGCCCCCUGCGACCAUGCUGCUUCUCCAGUAAAUAAAUCAUGGGCACACAUGCUCACAGCAAAACAUCCCUGUCUGCUCAGGUAUCAUCUCUGGGAGUGUGGCUUUCCCUUGUUCCUUCCAACCUCAGGUGCACAGUCACAGCAGUCCUUUCUCUGUCUCAGAACAUACCUGCACCACAUUUCAAACUAAAUCACCCUACAUGUGCCAUAGAAAGACCUCUGACAUGAGAUGGGAAGUGCCCAAAAACACUAUUCCACUUCCCUCUAUUAGUUGAGGAAACUAAUAGCCUAAAAAGGUCCGAGUGUUUGGCCCUAAAAUAUCUUGUUGUCUCUCAAAAUACCGAUUAUUGAGGUCACCUUUCUGUCAGUGUUUGUUCUGCAGACCUGUACUUAACACUCCAUUCCUGGAAGAGGGUCACUCGAUCCUCCAGCUGUCUCAGAGCGGUGCAACUGACUGCAAUCUCACUCUGCUGUGUCACUCCUCCUCCCAAGUGGUGACACAGCAGCUGCACAGAUGCAGGAAGUCUUUUUGUCCAAGCAUAGGCACAAUGAUAGCUGGCAGUUAUCAUCCUUUUGGAAAUAAUUUCUGUUUCUUAGGGGUUUUUUUUUUAUGGAACCUAUGGCAUGGGGCUAUGCUUUGUUGAGAAUCCACAGUCCAUAUCCAAAAAAAUAAGAAUUUUAAGGCUUAGUUAAAGCUUAGAUAUAUACAAGAUACAUGGGUUUGGCCAGUUAUCAUUGCACACUUCAGUAAAAUUAGGGUUGUCUUGUCUGCAUGGAGUUCUUGUGGGAGAGGAGUGAUUGCCACUGUUGUGUAUUGUAGAUGCGUAGCAUCCUGCAGGUGAUGAACAGAUCAAAGGAUGGAUUGGGUGGCUUCCUCAAGGUCGCUCAGGAGAUGUGAAUGUUUCUCCCAAGGUCCAGUCAAAUAUCAUUUCGCCCAUCCUUUCUCUCUGUGCAAAUACUGAAGAGCAGAUUCAGCACUUUGGAUAGACAGCCUUCACAUAUUACUGGAUUGUGUACGGAUGCAGGGAAGCUGAGAAGAUGCAGGUAUCAUAUUUUGCACCAAGUUCAUUUUCUGUAGAUACUACUGUAAUAAGAUUUUAUUUAUGUUACCUAGUGUUUACAAGCACGGGUGCUUAGUGCCAGAACAAGAUGCUGAAAGCUCACCAACAGCGAAUUGAUUACAAUAAAACGGACAUUGAAAUGAA